UCUCUUAUCAUCGAGCAGGUAAAUUCUGCUCAGGUAAUCACAGUCUGCGUGUUGUGCGUCUCCCAUACGGCCGGUGGCGCUGUGAGCCGGUGACGCUGCUCUGACCACCGCUGUGUUGCGUGAGGAAGGAAGUUUACGCCCGUCCAUGUGUUCUCACACACUUAAAUGUCCUUCUGUUGUUGAUUAUAUUGUUUAUUAUUUACUCUAAUUGACUCUCAAGAAGGACUCGUUGAAAAACAGUGAGCUAUGGAUGAUUUUGAGGCUGAAUUGAAUAUUCCAGCGGCAGAUUUGGAGUCUCCAGAGGAAGAAGCGCCAAAUCAGGGGCUGAUUAAAGAACCAAUUCACCUUCACAUACCUCCAAAAUACAAAGGUCGAUCCAGAGAAACUGGCUUCCAUAAAUCCACCAGAAAUUGUUUGAAGAUGAUCAGAGAUGCAAUGUUGCAUCAUCGCUGGCAGGAAGCGGCAGAAUAUUUCUCCUCUUACACUCAGACACUGGAGGACACCACUGUCAGCAGACAAACAAUGGCAUGUGAGAUCAUUUGGAGACUUGGCACAGAAAUUCUGCAUCAUCUCCCUAAUGCCACCGCUGUAGAUUUCAAUGCUUUAUAUAACCAGACCAAAAACUCGGGGGUCCGAAACUACGCUAAGAUCUGUUUGGAGCACGUGUUUCAUCUUCUGCUGAACGGACAGUUUGAUGAAGCCAAACGAGAGCUGUCCAUCGCAGAGAGCUGGAGAUACGGGAAGCAGUCGGCCGCUCAGCCCCUGGAAACGAAAUUCAUCCGCGCCUACUGCGGCUUUCUCGAUUACUUAAUCUGGUGUGACAAGAGACCCACAGGAUCAGAAGCAGAGGAUGUGAGCGAUAAUCAUGAGAUGCACAGCUACUUCAGACAAGCUUCAGUGACGCUGCGGGAGAUCAUCAGACAGCCUGGAAUCUGGGAUCCGUUCGUCUUAAGUUACAUUUCUAUGCUGGAGUUUUACCACAAAGAGGACGAAGCUUUGAAGGUCCUGCAGAAUUACGCCUACAACACCGAUUUCCCAUCCAACCCGAACGCUCACAUCUACCUGUACCAGUUCCUGAAGAGACACAAAGCCCCGCAAUCUAAACUCAUCAGCUCGUUACGGAUUCUGCACUCUUUGGUUCCCAGUCAUGAACUGAUGCUGGAGCUCUGUGAUCUCCUAGUGCAGACACGGUCAGAGAGGAAUUUAGAAGAAGCUCUGAGAGUUUCCAUGGACCUGCUGGAGUUUUCCAGUUGGAAGUUUGAAACUAAGGCUUGGCAAUGUCUCCUGGACAUUAUGAUGAAUACUAAAGAUAAAUAUUGGUUGCAGUUCAUAAAGAAGGAGUGGUCCAUCAGGAGGUCGCUGUGGUUAGUCUUGCACUUCAGAGCAUACAUUGGCAGAAAAGAUUCAGUCCAGAAUGUCAAACUGCUGAAGAUCAAGACACAAGUAUUGAGACGAAUGGGUGAAGGCAACAUUACCUACUUUGGAAUUUCUCUGAAGGUCAGGAGACGUGAGCAAGCAGACAAGGCACAACAAAUCGAUGACGGCUAAAAGUUGAAAAUAUUUCGUUUUCUGAAAUCCAGGUUUCUUUUGUUACAAAUUGGUGUACGAGUUGUUUUGUAUUAAUUAUGCAAUAAUAAAUGUGUCCAUUAGUAUGGUAAUACAGAUAGAGUAAUGAUUAUUUAGCAUGUGCUGUAGCACAACAUACACAUCAAAUGCCAAAGUUGCCAACCAGAAAAAGUGCCAUUAUAUAUUGUUUUGACAUAUGGACAAAAUAUUAGAAUAAAUAUGUAAACGACGUGUGCAAAAAUAACAGUGGUUGCAUUGAAAAGAUUGGAAAUGCAGUGACAUUUACAGAGCGUGUAGUGACAGAUAGUGACCACUAGGAGGCGCAAAUGCUGCAUCUGACUGACCUCAUCAAAGGACGUUACAGUUCAGAUAUUGUUCUCAGGAACAUUUUUAGUUGUUUUGAUCCUUGACACUACUUCUUGAAAAGGUGCACUGAAUUGUUUUUAUUUUAAUGGGAAAAUAAUGUAAUGCAACAGUAACAAUGCAGUAAAUGCAACCUUGUUAACCCUUUAAGCUCGGAUGGGCCCUGGAGAAAACAUUUAAAAAGAAAUAUUAAGCCCCAGAGUCAUGACAACACAAAAUAGGUAUAAUUUGAAAGCUUCUAAGCUCUGCUUUAUGACCAAAAACUGAACACGUCCUUUGAAAUUUGCAGACAAAUCAGAAGUGUUCAGUUUUAAUCAUUAAAAAAAGAAAUUUGCAUUGUGCAUAAUAUUGCAAUCAUUAAAAGCAUCAGACUGAUCUAAUAUCCAUGUGUCAUAUGUUGCUGGAAAGCUCUGAAAGAGCAGAAUAUAACCUGCCUAUUUGUGUUACUUGCAGACAAAACAUUAGCGUGUAAUAACUAAGCCAGGGCUGGACUGGUAAUCUGGGAUACCGGGUAUUUUCCCGGUGGGCGGACUGGCCAUCGGGGCCAGUGAGUCGGCCGCAUAAUGGGCAGCGAUAAGCUAAAAUGAGCCGCCGUGCUUUGCAGAACGGACCACAAAAUGGCGCCGCAAUAUGCAGAAAGGACAAUGAUCCCCCCCCUCGCUCAACAACUUUUGGGCCAGUUACUAUGUAAAAUCCCAGGCCAAUGUCUCUUCCCAGUCCAGCCCUGAACUAAGUCCAUGUCUUUGACAUUCAGUGUUUCAUGUGAACAGGUGUUGCUUAUAAGCCACGUUUUGGCUUAUAACUUCAAAGAACAUAAACUAUCGUAACUUUAUUUACAUACAUUAUUUAGAGGCAGGUGAUUAUCUUUCAAACGAGUCCACACACAAGAUAAUCAGAUGUAUAGAUCAUUAGAUAAUCCACAUGAAGCACAAUGUUACAUAUGACCACCAGGAGAUGGCGCCAAAUACACGACACAGACUCAAUGAUGACUCAAAUGACACAGAAUGAAACUCAUUCUGUGAAAUCUCAUGAGUAAAAUCAUGUCUGCAUGCUAUGCAAACCUUUAGUCAUUGUUGUGUUUGCAUGUGUAAUUAGUUCUUAUGUACAAUUAUUAUCUUUUAUUUACGUAAAGAGUUUAUCUGAUGUAUCUUAAUCGCAUGGCCAUCUUAACUCAAUGCAGCUCUCCGAGCAUGUUGUAUAAUUGGCUUUCGACAUCAGACAGAUGGUGAAAAAUGGUUUGAAAUGAAUCACAAACAUCUCAGUCAUGUGAAGCAGUUUUGCUCCGUGCCAUCUGAACACUUAUGCUCACCAAGAUGUUCGGCUGCUUCAGCAAACAAACUCCUUCACACCUAAAUCAUAUGUAGAAAUGAUGCUGAACUCUCUGGAGGCUUGUCUUUCAAUACAGGAAUAUACUAAACAGGCAAGACUUAGCAUGACCGGACCAGCUACAGCAUUAGCAUAAAGCUUAGCUUAGCUUCUUAUAGGUCGUUUCAGCAUUUCACAACAAGCAAGCACAUUAAAAACAGUGCAGAUAAAUGCAGCACAACAUGUUAAAUACUGCAAUUUAAAUAAUAUAAUUUUUUUAUGGUAAUGAGGGUUUUUUUUGGGGGGGGGGCAACACUUUGACUUCCAUUAAUGUGUCAUAAAACAUUAUUUAAUGCUUAAAAGAUUGUAACAUGAAAGUGCAGAUUUAUUAUUAUCUGAUAUUUAUUAUCCAUUUGAAUAAAAUAACAUUUACUGAUCUAUUAAGCAUUUCAUAUGUUAUUAAUGAAAUUAUUUACCAUU